AUGUUCACUCAUACGAGCGACGGACACAUCCCCUACUCUGUCCCCGCGGCGGGGAAGCCCUGCCAAACGUACUACAGGAUCUUCGGUGAUCUAAGCUCGGGGGUUACGCCCGUGAUCGCACUACACGGCGGGCCAGGCGCUACGCAUACUUACAUCCUUCCGGUCUCCGAUCUCACAUCCUUACACGGCAUCCCCGUCGUUUUCUACGACCAGAUCGGCUGUGGGGGCUCGACACGUCUUCCGGAGAAGAAUGGCGAUGCCGAUUUCUGGACGGUCCAGCUCUUCUUGGACGAGUUCCACAACUUGAGGAAGCACCUCGGCAUCGACAAGUACGACGUCUUUGGCCAUUCGUGGGGCUCAAUGCUGGGCAUGGAGAUCGGUAUACGCCAGCCCGAGGGGCUGAGGCGACUGAUCCUGUCGUCUGGACCUGUGUCGAUGGUACUUUGGGAAAAGGCGACGAGGAAAUUAUUGACGACAAUGCCGCAGGAUAUCCAGGAUAUGAUCAAUAAGCACGAGGCUGCGGGGACAUUUGAUUCCCCCGAGUAUGCCCAGGCGAACGAAGUUUUCAACAACCACUUCGUCUACCGGACGCAACCGUGGCCGGAAGAGAUCAUACUGACGUUCAAGGAGUUGGCGGAAGAGCCGGCUGCCUACCUCACGAUGCAAGGUCCGUCGGAGUUCACCAUCACUGGGUCAUUGAAGACAUGGGAUGUGACUCCACAUCUGCACAAGAUCAAAGUUCCUACGCUGCUUACGAACGGAGGGUACGAUGAGGCUCAGGACUCGGUGAUGGCGCCUGCAUUCAGAGAAAUUCCCACCAUAAAGUGGUACACAUUCUCGAAAAGUGCACACAUGGCGAUGUUUGAAGAGAGGGAAAAAUUUGCGGAGGUGAUUGGAGGGUUCUUGACGCAGUAA